CGCGCGCACAGGAAAAGGCAAAUAAGGGGGAUGGCAGGUGCGGGCGUGCGGCGGCCUGGGGGGGAAAAGAGCGAUCGUGCGGGCGGCGGCGUCUGGGCCAGAUUUGGCUGCAGAGAGGCCGAAUUGAUGGAGAGAGGGAGAGAAGCAUUUCCUGGAGAAGAAGAAUGAAAAAAAAAUACACACGAGAGAGCGCAGGCACACGAGAGGGAGUGGGAGCUGAUCCUCGUCGCACAUAUAAAGCAGGCAAUACCCCCCCGUUCCCUCUUCUCCCCCUAUAGACAAAGUUGUUUCUUGCCCACGCACAAUGGUCAAGCAACACUCCAAGGUCCCGGCUAUCCUUAUCACAGUCUUCGCCGCUUUUGGUGGUUUCUUGUUUGGUUAUGACACAGGAAACAUCUCUGGUGUUAUCGCCAUGGAGUUCUUCCGUAGGAACUUUGGCGAGUUCAUCGGCGUGAGCGAAGCGCGCCCUAACGGGUACGACUUGUCGACCAGUAACAAGUCGCUCACUGUCUCCAUUCUGUCUGCUGGUACUUUCUGUGGAGCACUGACAGGUGCCCCUGUUGCAGACUUCUUUGGUCGUCGUCUCGGUCUCUUGUUGACCAUGGUCAUUUUCAGCGUUGGUGUUGCUCUCCAGACUGCAUCAACUGCUCUGCCCCUGUUUAUUGUCGGCCGUGUCGUUGCCGGUUUCGGUGUCGGUUUGGUCUCUACCAUGGUUCCCAUGUACCAGUCUGAGUGUGCACCCAAGUGGAUUCGCGGAGCUGUUGUCUCUUGCUACCAAUGGGCCAUUACCAUUGGUCUCCUUGUCGCAUCCAUUGCAACAAACGGAACAAAGGACUUCAACGACGCCAGUUGCUACCGCAUUCCAAUCGGUCUCCAGAUUGCUUGGGCCGCUAUUCUCUCUCUCGGUCUCUUCUUCCUCCCAGAGUCCCCUCGAUUCUACAUCAAGAAGGGCAAGUACGAGAAGGCUGCCAUGUCUCUUGCCCGCCUCAAUGCCACCACACCCGACGACGUCGAAGUACAAGAGCAGCUCAACGAGAUCCGUGCCAACCUUGAAGUUGAACAGGCUCACUCAAGCGGCUCAUGGCUCGACUGCUUCCGUCCCGGCGGUUCUCAGCGUCACUUGCUCCGUACCUUCACUGGUACCAUUCUCCAGGGCUGGCAACAACUCACUGGUAUCAACUUCAUUUUUUACUACGGAACCACCUUCUUCCUUCGUUCGGGCAUCUCAAACCCCUUCAUCAUCUCGAUCGCUACUAACGUUGUCAACGUCGGUACCACCGUCUUUGCAUUCUGGGGAAUUGAAAAGCUCGGCCGUCGCAAGCUCCUCAUUAUUGGUGCCAUUGGUAUGUCGUUCUGCGAAUUCAUUGUCGCCAUUGUCGGUGUGACCACCCCUGCUGGAAACCUUGCCGCCCAGAAGGUGCUCAUCGCCUUUGUCUGCAUCUACAUUGCAUUCUUUGCAUCGACCUGGGGACCUGUCUGCUGGGUCGUCUGCGGUGAAAUCUUCCCACUCACCAUUCGCGCAAAGGGAAUGGCUCUCUCUGCUGCAAGCAACUGGUUGUGGAACUUUGGUAUUGGUUACGCAACCCCGUACAUGGUCGACUCUGGACCUGGAAACGCCGACCUCGGUGUCAAGGUCUUCUUCAUCUGGGGCAGUACCUGUGCAGCAGCUGGUCUCUUUGCUUUCUUCUUCGUUCCUGAGACCAAGGGUCUUACUUUGGAAGAGAUUGACGAGCUUUACGCAACGACAACGAUUCGAAACUCCUCAAAGUUCCGACCUUCGCACAAGUAUGUCGACGACGUGGAGAUGGGUGCUGGCAACCGUGUCAUCUCAAACGAAGGUAAGACUGAUGCUGCUGUCCGUGAGCACCGCGAGAUGGCAUAAAUACGUAUGUCCGCUUUAGAUAUAUGUGAAGGUACUUCAUUUAAUCAAAAUUCAUUUUCAUUUCA